GCUUCCAGUGCUGUGUAAUGCUUGAGAUGAGAGACAUGGGCGCACCAAUCAACCCCCUCGCCCUAAUUGUGGCUCUCUUCCUCACACUCUCCAGUACUACUACUCUCGUCGUCGGAGGAUUCACCGGCUUCGGCUCCGCCGCCGGCCCUUCAGUCAUCAUCGUCGGCGCCGGGAUGUCUGGGAUCUCUGCCGGGAAGACUCUGUCGGACGCCGGGAUCAAGAACCUGCUGAUACUCGAGGCGACCGACCGCAUAGGCGGGCGGAUGCGGAAGACAAACUUUGCGGGGAUAAACGUGGAGAUGGGAGCGAACUGGGUGGAGGGCGUCAAUGGCGACACUGUCAAUCCCAUCUGGACCAUGGCCAACAAGCUCAACCUCAGAAAGUUCCGCUCCGACUUCGAUGGCCUCUCCUCUAACGCCUACCAAGAAAAUGGUGGUCUUUAUGAGAGCUCGGUAGUGGAGGGGGUGAUCGAUGAGUUCGACAAGGUGGACGAGGCGGCGAGCAAGUACUCCAAAGCGUUGCCUCCCAGCGGAUCCAAGGACAUCUCCGUGCUCACCUCUCAGCGGCUCCAAGACCACGUUCCUACGACGGCGUUGGAAAUGGCGGUGGACUACUUCAACUACGAUUACGAGUUCGCGGAGCCGCCGAGGGUGACGAGCCUGCAGAACACCGUGCCUUUAGCUACCUUCGCCGACUUCGGCGAAGACGUCUACUUCGUCGCCGACCAGAGAGGUUACGCGAGCGUCGUCUACGACUUGGCCAGCCAGUACCUUCGAACCAGCAGCAAUGGCUCCAUCAUCGACCCUCGCCUUUCCCUUAACAAGGUGGUUAGACGUAUCCAAUAUGGCCGUGGCGGCGUCACUGUUUCCACAGAGGAUGGAUCUGUUUACAAAGCGAACUAUGUGUUGGUUUCAGUCAGUAUUGGAGUUUUGCAAACAAAACUCAUCAAGUUUGAGCCAGUCUUGCCUGAUUGGAAGAUCCUCGCAAUAUAUCAGUUCGAUAUGGCUGUGUACACCAAGAUCUUCCUCAAGUUUCCUUCCACGUUUUGGCCUCAAGGAAAUGGGACAGAGUUCUUCAUCUAUGCUAGUGAGAGAAGAGGAUACUACCCAAUUUGGCAGCAAUUUGAAAAGCAAUACCCGGGAGCUAAUGUUCUAUUAGUCACCGUCACGGAUGAAGAAUCGAGGAGGAUCGAGCAACAACCAGACUCGCAGACGAAGGCGGAAUGCAUGGAGGUGUUGAGGAACAUGUUCGGAAAAGAUAUACCGGAAGCAACCGAUAUACUUGUUCCAAGAUGGUGGUCGGAUAGGCUCUUCAGAGGCACAUUUUCGAAUUGGCCGUUGGGAGUCAAUCGAUUUGAGUACGAUCAAAUUAGGGCACCGAUUGGGAGGGUUUACUUCACCGGUGAGCACACGAGUACCCAUUACAAUGGCUAUGUGCAUGGAGCUUAUCUUGCAGGGAUCGAUUCGGCAAAUAUAAUGAUCAGUUGCGUCAAGAAAGGAUUGUGCAAGUAUGAAAUCAAGCCAAAGGAAUCGUAGAUCAAGAAGGUUGAUCACAAAUAAGGCAGCCAUAAUUCUUGAACGAGGAUGUAAAAUCAUCAUUUUAAUUUGCUUAUCGAUCAAGUAGGUUAUGUAGAAAUAAGGCGUGCCAUGGUUAGAUCUAUGAUUAAUUUGGUUCUCCUAUGUAGUAAGUGUACCAUUUGUGGAUGUGUUAAUGCAUUAGGUCAAAUCCAAUUUGCUUUCAAAA